AUGGGUAUUAAGAAAAUGUUUCAAAAGAAAGAACCAACCGAACAAGAAAUUCGUGAAGAAUUAAGUCGAGUUGGCAUUUCUACAAGAUCAAAUAAUACUCGACAAGAGAAGUUUGGUGCAUUUAAAAAUUAUGCUCAAGAACGAGCUAAUAUGAAACCACAAUUAGGACCAGUUGGUGGUAAUCCUUAUGCCAAUAUUAAUCCUGGGACCAACAAUAAUAAUAAUAAUCCAUAUGCCAAUGAUAAUGGGAAUAAUAGUACUGGCAACCCCAACAACAACAGCAACAGCAACAACGGUGGUAACCCCUAUGGUGGUGGUGUUACUAAUAAUAAUCCUUAUGGAGGCUCUGGUGGUAAUGGAAGAGGAUCAUCACCUAGUCCUUAUGCACCGACUACAUCAACAACUACUAGAUCAUCUAAUCCAUAUGGAAACAAUAAUGGUUCUAGAUCAAGUCAAAACACUUCUAGUCCUUAUGCCAAAUCAACUAACAAUUCAUCAUAUUCUAACUCACCGUAUUCUGGAUCAACUGUAAAUAAUGGUAAUCGUGGCGGCCAUAGCAACAACAGCAAUAGUUCUGCUGGUGGUAACCCUUAUGCUGCCGGUGGUAGAAGUUCACAAUCUCAAAAUUCACGAGACAAUGUAUAUACAGCUCCUGCCACUCGUACAUCAACUAGACAAACUCAAGGAUAUGGAGGUGGUGAUACCGAUUCGACUCUUGACCUUAAUGCCAUUCCAUCACAUCAAAUGUUUGAUAAUAAGAAACCGAUCAAAAGAAAUCAACAAAGUUCACAACAACCUGCCAAUGAUUAUAAUUUAGAUUUAAAUGAUGAAUAUGGCGAAGAAGAAGACUUGAAUUUGGAUAUAAGUGAAGUACCUGAAGAACAACAACAAAUCAAUUCUGAAGAUGAAGAAGUAGAAGCCAUUAAACAAGAUAUUAAAUUUGUCAAACAAGAAUCAGUUCAAAGUACCAGAAAUACUCUUAGAAUGGCACAAGAAGCUGAUGCAUCGGGUACUAAUACUUUAGGAAUGUUAGGAUCGCAACUGGAACGAUUAUAUAAUGCUGAACAAAACUUAUUAUUAGCAGAAACACAAACUCAAAUAGCUGAUGAAAAAGUUAAAGAAUUGAAACGAUUAAAUCGAUCGAUUUUCAUUCCAGCUAAUGGUAAUCCAUUUAAUAAGAAAUCUCGAUUACGUCAACAAGAAGAAAAAAUUAAGAAUCAAAAAUUACAAGAAAAAUAUAUUCGUGAAAAUAAUCGUCAAGAAAUGUUUGCUAGUGAACAACGUAUAAAACAAGGAAUCACGAAUAAUUCAACUAAUAAUGAUGUUUAUAAUAAAUAUCAAGAUGAAAAAAAUUUAUCAGCUGCUAAAAGAUAUCAAUUUGAAAAUGAUAGUGAAGAUGAUGAUAUGGAAAAAGAAAUUGCUCUGAAUUUGAAUCAAAUUGAUCAAUAUGCUAAAAAAUUGAAAGGAUUAGCUAAUACUAUGGGUACUGAAGUUGAUAAUCAAAAUACUAGAUUGAAGAAAAUUGAGGAAAGUGCUGAUAAAUUGGAUAUUAAUGUUCAUAUGAAUACUACUAGAUUGAAUAAUAUUCGUUAG